AGCUGUGAGCUUUGUAAGGCUCGGGCGAGGAUGUACUGCGAGUCGGACCAGGCGGGUUUAUGCUGGGACUGCGACGCGAACGUUCACUCGGCGAACUUUCUUGUGGCGAGGCAUUCGAGGACUCUUCUGUGCCAUGUUUGCCAGUCUCCGACGGCUUGGAAUGCCUCCGGACAGAAACUCGGACGGACGGUGUCUGUGUGUGAGAUUUGCGUUGAAAAAUCGGGUGAAACAGAGGACACGGACGGCGAUUGGGCGGAAGAGAGCGGAAAGAUGAUGACUAUUAUGAUGAUGACGAUGAGGAGGAGAAGGACGACAACGAAAGUUUGUGUUGAUGAUGAGGAGGAUGGGGACAAUCAGGUGGUGCCGUGGUCAUCUACGCCUCCUCCACCGUCGGCGAGCUCAUCGAGCAGUGAAGAGUCAUCCAGCAGAGCUAGAGAGGUUUCCUUGAAGAGAACGCAUGAGAUUGUUGCAGAUCUUCGCUCCAAUGAUGAUCUCGGCUGUUUAUCUCCUCAAAGAAAUAGCCAUACGGCGCCGUCAUCUUCUCCGGCGGUUUCUGCUGUCGGUGGAGAUGACGAAGCAUUUGUUGACUCAUUGUCAUCCAGGCCGUUGAAAAGUCGGAGAAUUGAGUCGAACCGUUCGGAUCGGGUUCAUGAUGGGCCGUCCGGUUCGAGAUCUGCGGCAAUAGUGGAGUGUCUCAGAAGAUUCCACGAGGAAGGCGUGAACGCGGUGGCUGGAAUCUGUGGGCUGAGCAAAGAGCCGGAAGCCGUCGAUUUCGAUUCGUCUGAGUCUCCUUAA